AUUGAUUAGCAAGAAACCCUAAUUCCCGUUCCGAUCAUGAGACCCGUCAUCGCCCAGUAUUUUCGCCGAAUUGGGUAUGGCCGCCAGUCCCGCGAUUUAUCUUCCUUGAAUUUGCGUCCUAUUAAUGGGAGUACUGCUCAUGAUCGGGCUCUAUUUGCCGCGAUCGUCAAGGGUCAUCUUCUUGAUAUUGUUGUCGGAGGGACUUGCGGAUACAGUCUUGCUGCUCUUAUGAUGAAUCUUCUCAUUGGAAAUAGAUCAAAAGAGGCGGAGCGAAUCGAACAGGAAUGGAAGCAGAAGCAGCUCGAGCUAGAUGAAUGUGAAAAGACAGCGGAGAAGGAGAAAAUGAUUUUUCAAGACCGUUAUCAACGCAAGAGGCAGGCCAGAUGACUGACAAGUGACAACAUACGAUGUGUGAUACUUUUUUUUAUUUUUUAUUUAUUAUGUAUUGCUUUUGGAUUCCUUUCUAUGUUUCGAUAUUUAUGCGUCUGUGUCCAACAUUGCUCUAGGCAAAGCAUAAAUUUACGUUGUUUUUGGUAAAUUUAAUU